AUGGGGCAUGCUGUGCACCAGUUCAAGGCUCUGUUUUGGAAGAAUUGGCUCUGCCGUGUGAGGCAACCGGUCCUGUCUCUCACUGAAAUACUCUGGCCAUGUGUGCUUUUCUUGAUUCUGGCUGCAAUCCGCUUCCAGGAGCCCCCCAAAUACAAGGAAAACUGUUACUUAGAAGCUCGGGAUUUGCCAAGUCGGGGUGUUUAUCCUUUCAUACGGACUCUUUUCUGUAAUCUUGGUUCAAGAUGCAAGAAUACUAGUUACAUGACACAGAAAACCAGCCGCUUACGAAAAUUGAGAUUGUCUACCAAAAAAGAUCUUAGAGGUUUGAGCCAGAUGGAUUCGAAUGAAGUGGAGGAAGUGAUUUCUACAGCAGAAAACCUGUACAAACAGCCAUAUUUCUGGAACCUUCUGCAUUCACUCCCUCAUCUUGAAUGGAACAUCUUUUAUACAGAAGAUGGGUUAGCUGCCCUAGCACAGUUUCUAGAAGUUAUUCAAAAUACAUUAGUGUCAUUGAAGGAUUUAGCUAUGAUGCCAUUGGGCAAAAGUUUCUAUGAAGUGGUAAAAACAGCACUGAAUUUGACUGUUGCAUCAGUACAGGAUAGGCGCUUAGAAGGUUUGCAGUCUAAUCUUUCUCUUGGGGAUGUUUUGUGGAAUCUGCAUGCUGUGAGAGCAGAACUUGAAUCCAGGUUUGGUUUUGAUGAUCUUCGUGUCGAGAAGCUGCCAAGUUAUACAGCACAAUUAACAAAGAUUCCCACAGGAGAGACACUGGAGCAGUUUGUGUGCUCGGCUCUGUCCAGUGUGCCAGAAGAUGAAGCAAACAAAGAGAAUAAUGAAGAGGGCUGUAUUUCUGCAUUGCACGAGGCCAAACUGUAUUUUGUUCAUGCUGUCACCAAGCUUAGACUCCAUGUGCAGUACACAGUGUUUCUGUGCUCUACCUCGUUUGACUGCAGAAUCCUGCACCUGGAGGGAAUGCAGUCUAUACUUCAGAGUGUACCUCGGUGGCCUGUUACGAAGAGAUUGCUUCUGGUAGAUGGAGUUAUGAGGAAUGUAAUAGCACAUUAUUUAUACUUCACUGAAGAAGCUUUACAUAGUCUGGAAAAACGGGUUCACUUUGCCCAAAGAGAUGGAAUCAUUCAUCUAGACAUCAGAAAGCUCUUUGUGGAGCUAAAACAGCUGUUGAUGAGCAAUGCUUCCUAUACGUGCAAUGAAGUGCUUACAAUGCUUGAGAAGACCCUGAGACUUCCACAGGGCUCAGAUGACAUUGACAUUUUAGCAAUAUAUAUGUGCCCUGGCAAUGGUUCAGAGGUGGCCUUCAAGCUAAGUAACCAGGUCCAGUCACUAAAGGAAUCUUAUCAUCAAUAUUACAAAUCUAAGAAGCAGGGCCAAGGUCUCAGAGCUAAUCAGAAAUGUGCUGAAUACCUCGUCAAUGGACUAGAAGCAUCUAUAUGUUCUAGACAAAAGCUGAGCUUGGAGACCAUCCUAGGUCAUUAUUUAGCAUUUCUACAAGACUUACCAGAUUAUUCCUCAUUUAUUUCCUCGGCCCGGAUUUUGACAUCUGUCAAAGAGUUUUUGAAGAAAGAAGAAAACUUACGGAUUUCUGAUGAAAAGGAAUUGGAUCAUCUUUUUCAUCUUGUAGAAGUCAUAGAAGAAAUUAUAAUCCUUCAUUUAUCAACUUCUUCAAACCAGUCUCUAAUUGAAAAUGUCUUGAAUAAUACAAUUACAUGGAUGAAAAAUUUUGCUGAGGGGAAGGAAUCUGCCACCAAUUUCUCACUUGCAGUUUUUGAACUCCAUAAUGAACUACUAAAAUAUUUCCAGCCUCUUCAGAGAUUCUGGACAAAGGAGAAGACAGAAAUUUUCUGGCAUAUAGUGAAAAUUGUAUUCCAUGACCUUGAUUCUAGGCUCUCUCAGUUGAGUCAAGUGGAAGAGGAUGAGUAUGGCAUGAUUUCCAAGACGGGGACCAAGUUUUUGAUAUUCUCUCUGAAACUUGAUCUUCUCUGGAACUUUACCAGUAAGUCUCUUUGUGAAAAGUUACAAAUCAUUUACAACUACACAGAGUUUCAGGCCCAGUCUCUUGCACAGAAAGGAAAAAAAGACAUGCAAGUUGUGUUUAGCACUCUGAGCAGCCUUAAAACUUUAUUCAUAGAUGAAGAGCUCCAAACAGCUGCCUUUUGUUAUUUGGAACACUUUCUUUGUGUCUACCCAGAAUGCCUGGUAAAUAAUGAGUGCACUGACUUUUAUCUAUCAAACAUUACUUCUGUAGAUCAUUUAGCAGAAGUUUAUGACUUGCUUCUCCUUCCAUUGGACAGUGUUCUGUCUAAUAUAACAAAUUUGGGAGAUAAGGUAAGCGUGCCUUCUGCCUUGCACUGCACUGUUACAUGGCUUCAAACCUGGACAGAGAUUUUUGAAGAGGCAUCCAAAUUCUUAAAUUUGAAUUCAACCUUUUUUAUCUAUCUAAGUAAUGAUUUGUCAAAUCUCUCUGAAAGUCUUUUAAAUGCAACUCAUGACGAACUGUGCAAUAAUACAGCUAUGGUUAUAACUGAAGCUACAACAGCAGCAAUGAAUCUAUUAAAAAUCAUACUUGAAGGAGGUGGUGAUUUAAAUGACUGGAAAGAAUUUGAAUCUUUCCUUGCUAAUCUUCAAAGUGUAUUUAACAAUGCAGUUGAUGUCACAAGCUCACUUAAAGGUUACAGUUUAGAAAGUGUUUUAGAAAUGAUGGGAGUCAUCAUAACAGGAUUGCAGAAACCUAUACUGAAGGUUGUGAAUGAAGAGUUUUUGAAUUCUUGGCUUGAUACUUUCAUCUCAGAAGGACCCGAGGGAGAAGAUAGGGGUUUAUUUUCCAUUGGAAAUUCCCUUUCUACUAUUCUCAAGCUGUCCCAAAAGGAACUUGGAAUUAUUCUCACAGAGAUGAAAGACAGAACUGCUUUCUUUAAAAGUGUACCUCAAGGCAAAUAUAUGGGUGAACACAAAACAUUUCUCCAGAAACUGAUAGAAACAGCAGCUUUGAAUAUUGAACUGGUAAGGAAGGCAAUUAUAAUUUUCAAGUCUACUUUCACUGGCUUUCCAUUAACUGAUGAUAAAGAGUUUCUAAAGAAUAUAGUAUCCUUGGUGCAAAAUGUGAGGGACAUGGAUGUUGAGUUCUUGAUAAGUCAAUUCAAACAAGUCCAGAGGAGCCUAGAUAAUUUCUUUAAAAAUAUCAAACCUUUGUAUACUGAGAACUCUGAGUUAGGAAUGCUAACAGACUGCCUUACAGAAAGAUUAGCUCAUGGAAACAUCAUGGAAGCACUAACUGAAGUAUACUCUUUCCUACUCACUCAGGAAGCAAAAAUGCCAGUGUUUACGGAAGAAGAGUUCUCUAAUCAAGUAGAAAGUCUUCUAAUGUUACUGCACACACUGACAGACAUGUCUGGUGGACCAGCAGGGGUCCCAGUGUGUUCUUCCGCAGCAUUGUGCUGGACUCUUACAACAGCAACACCUCAGAAUCAUCCCGCUUUUAAACCUUGUGACUUUGCGCGUAGCAAUUCUACUCUUAUUUACAAUGCAGUCAUUGAAGUCAUUAAGGAUCUGAAACUCAUCACUCUGGAGGACAGUUCCUCAUGCACUGUGGAAGACUUUCAGAUUGAUAUCACUCGCAAUCUGACUUGCUUUUUUCAUCAGAUCAAAGAAUGGAACUCUAUUCUUCUAAACUUCUCUGAGCUCCACCAUGUAAAUGGCUCUGUUCUCAAAAAGCUGCUAGAUUUUUGGAAUGAACUAUUCCUCUACAUUGAGCCUCUGCAGGUGAAUAAUACGUACUCAAUCAAUUGUUCCUCUACACCGAAGAGACAAGCAGCUUUACGAAUUGUAGAAACACUGGGCAGUAUGCCAGCGGCAGAAAUGGAGAUGGCCAAAGGUGUUCUUGAACAGCUGGAUGAUCUUUAUGGUGGUCUAAGUGGGAACACACAUUCAGGAACAUCACUUAUAAAGACUGUUCUUACUGAUGUUAAGAAUAUGACCAGGGAAGUCGCUGGGCUCCUGAAUACAGAAGCUGUCCUUUCUUUUCUUUCUGUAAUUCAGCCUUUAAUGGUGCUGUCUUCUUUUGGAAACCAGACACGCUCAAUGCUUAUGCUAUUAUCAGAUUUAAAUGGAAGCAGUAAUAUAUCUGAUAUCUUUGAGAACUUCUGGUUUCCUGUAGUCACAAGCAUAGAAGACCUAUUUGUGAAUUUUAAUGUUAGAAACUUACUUGCGGUGAUAGACCAAGAGUUUCAAUUACUAAGUUUAGCUACUGGACAGUCCUCUUCAAUGGCUCUUGAUGUUUUAAUACAGCAUUUUAAUACAUCAUCUGUAGAUGCUAUGUUAAGAAAUUUUGAAGACAUACAAGAGAUUUUGAAUAGAUUUCUAUGCGAGUGUAACAGUAAAAAUAAUUUUGAAAUAAUGCAUGCUCUAAUUCUCCUUAUGACUAAUGAAAAUUUAUCGAAUGACCUACUGCUCAUCGUCAAAGACAUUACUGACUUUCUGGAACUAUUCCAAAAUAUGUCUAAGGAAGAUUAUUCUGAAGAACCAGCUGUCAUUGGCAAGCUUUUUUGUGUUGUUACAAAGUGUCAAGAUGGAUUAAUGAGUCACUUAUUCCUCUCUGUCAUUGAAGGAAUCACUCUGGUUCGAGAUCGUUAUCAGGAUAUUGAAAGAAUGUGGUCUGCUUUCAACAAGGAGAAGUGUGUGAGUAUGGCAUUUAUAAAUCAAAAACUUCCCAAUACUUUGGAGAGCUUCCUGAGAGCCUUGCAGAAUACCAGCAAUGACAGCUGUGAAUGUGAACUAAUGUCGGGGAACAUACAGAGACGACUGCAAAUUAGUACAGAAGAACUUGAGCUUAGAUGCUGGUCUUAUGGACCACAGACUCGUGUCCAGUUUUUGAAUGGUGUGAAAGUCAAAGAGUGUGUGCAGAAUCUUACUCAGCUGAGGCUGGACAUGGGUUCUUCUGUCAAUAUUUCUGAAGAAACUAUCAGUACCAUCCUGGAAGCCAGUAUCUCUCAUUCAGAGGUUUUUUACAGUGCCUUUGUGGUAGCUUUAACUGGAAGAUGUGAUGAAGAAGUACUUAGCCUGCUGCUAAAGCUACCUGAAAACAGUAAAACUUCACUGAUAGUAGAAGAAUUAUGUUCUUUACCAGCACUGGACUUGUAUACUAUGUUUGUACUGAUUAUACAGAAUUUGAACUUACGUCAUAUCAUUUACAAGGUUAAGAUACCAUCUGAGAUAAGCAAUGUACUAAACAUGCUACUAGACGUGGUUUCUAGUAUCAGCUCUCUUCUCAAUAAAGCCCACCACGUCAUGGAAAACCUUCCAGUGUUCCUCCAAGGAAUUCAAAAUAUUGACGUGCUUGACAUCUCUGCAUUGCAGCAAUUCCUGCAAGGUGGGCAGUUCAGAAGUUCAGCUCUUGGAUCCUUGGGGUCUAUGAUCAAGGCAGUGUGUAAAGAAGAGUCUUCAUUUUUCAGCAAUGCAAACCUGUUCAUUGACAUAGCAAGUACAGUGGUGUAUCUUGGAAGCUAUUCCUUGGAUCCUAGUUCUGAAGGACCUCCAUUUUGCUUGAAGCUUUAUCAGGAGAUUUUGCAGUCUUCUAACGGGGCUUUACUAUGGACUUUCCUGAAACCUUUAUUACAUGAGAAGAUACUGUACAAUUCAAACAUCAACAUGAUUGACCUGGUGAUAGAGAAGGCUAAUUUCACUUUUGGCUUUGUGGAAAACUUGAAUAUUUACUCUGAGACAUGGCUUAGGAUAUCUGAGGUUUUUAAAACCAGUGGGAAUGUCCUCAUGGUCUCACGACUGCAGGAAGCACUGCAAAACAAUUUCAUAAAGCACUUUAUAGAAAGCAGUUUGGAUAUGGACAUGGAAAACCUCUUUAAGAAAAUUCAAGGAUAUGAAACUAUGAUGAACAAGAUGCUUAACAGCUCUGCAGGUAAACAGAUUGACCUGUUGUCACAGCUUGUAGUAAAUAUCUCUUCCUGCGUGUUACUGGACCGUUUCCAGCCUUUAGACUCUGUUGAGAAAUUGGAGGAGAAAGCUCAUCAACUCAUGCAGCAAAAUAAUUUUUUGGCUAGUAUCAUCUUCAAUGCACCAAAGAACAAGACGCAAGUUUCUAGCAAUCUCCUUCCACAACACAUUUCAUAUACAAUUAGAACAAGUGUUCUCUACAGCAUGAGAACGGAUUUGAUUAAAAACCCAGUGUGGAAAUCCCAUCCCCAGAAGUUGCCAGCUGAUGGGUUUAAAUACAACCACGUCUUUAUUCCUCUUCAAGACAUGAUUGAAAGGGCAAUUAUUUCAGCACAGACUGGGACAGACACCUCAGAGCCAGCCAUUCAGGUGCAAGCCAUGCCUUACCCUUGUCAUACCAGUGAUCUAUUCUUGAACAACAUAGGUUUUUUCCCACUUAUGAUGAUGUUAACAUGGGUGGUUUCCAUUGCUGGCAUGGUUCGCAAGCUAGUUUAUGAAAGAGAAAUUCAUCUUGAAGAGUAUAUGAAGACAAUGGGCGUACAUCCAGCCGUUCAUUUCUUUGCUUGGUUUCUGGAGAAUACCAUUGUGCUCACAAUAAGCAGCUGUGCCCUGGCCAUGAUUUUAAAAGCAAGUGGUAUCUUUGCUCAUAGCAAUGGCUUCCUCAUCUUCCUUUUUCUCCUGGAUUUUGGAGUUACGGUUAUUACGUUAAGCUAUUUUUUGGGAGCGUUUUUUAGCAGUGCUGAUACAGCAGCUCUGUGUGCCAGCCUUGUUUAUAUGAUCAGUUUUUUACCCUACGUAGUUUUGUUGGUCUUGCAGAACCAGUUGAGUUUCACCAACCAGAUUAUAAUGUGUCUUCUGUCUACAACCGCCUUUGGGCAAGGAGUAUUUUUCAUCACAUUCUUUGAGGGCCAAGAAAUAGGAAUUCAGUGGAAUAAUGUGCACCAGUCAAUGGCACAAGGAGGAUACAUGACCUUUGGAUGGAUGUGUUGGAUGAUGUUCUUUGACUCUAUUUUAUAUCUUAUAGGUGGCUGGUAUUUCAGCAAUAUUAUUCCUGGAAAAUAUGGAUUAAAGAAUGGAUGGUACUUUCCCUUUACUGUUUCCUACUGGAAGAACCUGUAUGGUACAGAGAGGAGGAAGAGAGAUUGUCUGAAUUCUAAUAUGUUUUACUUCAAUGAAAAUUUCCAAGAAAAAGGUUUGUAACAGCAAUUAGGCCCUUGUGACGAAGAAGCCACCAUUGGUGUUGUGCUGCUGUCCCUCACCAAAGAGCAUGUGGAUGGCCAGAAGGCUGCUGUUAAAGAUCUCAGCAUCACGUUCCGUAGAGGUCAGAUAACGGCACUCUUGGGACCUAAUGGGGCUGGCAAGACAACCGUUAUAUCAUUGUUGACUGGUCUGUAUCCACCAAGCUCUGGUACCAUUAUUAUUAAUGGAAAGGACAUACGUACUGAUCUGGCUGCCAUCAGGACAGAGCUCGGUGUUUGCCCACAGUAUGAUGUCCUGUUCAACACACUAACUGUGCGAGAACAUCUGCUGCUUUAUGGAUCAGUGAAGGCACCUGGCUGGACAAAGGAGCAGUUGAAUCAGCAAGUCAGUGGAGCUCUGGAAGAUGUGGAUUUAUCUCAACAUCAGUACAAACCUGUUGGAGCCCUUUCUGGGGGAAUGACAAGGAGGCUGUCAAUCGCCAUCUCCUUUAUUGGAAAUUCAAAGACAGUUGUUCUGGAUGAGCCCACUAGUGGAGUAGAUCCAUGUUCUCGCCGUAAUAUCUGGGAUGUUCUUCUGAAGUACAAAGCUGGUUGCACACUGAUCUUUACCACUCAUCAUCUUGAUGAGGCAGAGGUGCUCAGUGAUCGCAUUGCCAUUCUGCAGCAUGGCCAGCUGAGGUGCUGUGGCUCUCCCUCUUAUCUGAGAGAAACAUAUGACCAGGGACACAGUCUAACGCUCAUAAAAAAGCCCUUUGUGUUUGAAAUCCAGGAUCCUAAGCAUAUUGUCCGGGUCACAUCUUUGGUACAGACCCACAUCCCAGAAGCCUUCUUGAAAGAGAACAGUGGGACUGAGCUGACCUAUGUGAUUCCAGAAAGGGCAAAAAAGACCUCUUUUAAAGAUCUUUUUCAGGCUUUAGAUCAAAGCCUUCAUCACCUCCAUCUGACUGGCUAUGGCAUUUCUGACACCACCUUGGAAGAGGUAUUUCUGAAGCUACUGCAGGACUCGGAGAAGAUGCCCUGUGUUCCACAGGCAGCACACCUGGAUCAUGCAAAUGGUGCUAAAUCAGCCUAUAUCUCACUUAUGGGCGCAUCAAGUGUGAGUGGAGCCCAUCUUGUUCUCGCACAGAUUGUUGCCCUUCUGAUGAAGAGGUUUCAACACACUAGGCGAGACUGGAGAGGAAGUCUGUCAAAUGUGCUGCUGCCUGUCCUCUUUGUUGCACUGGCAAUGGCCUUGUUCAGCGUGAAGCCGCUGGCCAUUGAUUAUCCUUCUCUCAAGCUGACGCCAAGACUUUAUGACAAUGCAGAAUCCUUCUUUAGAAAAAAUAAUUCAUGCUGGCAGAUGGAAUCUACAUCAUCCCAGGAUUCAUGUGGAUGUGUGAUGUGUCCAAGUUUUAAUACCUCUGCUCCCUAUGUGAAGAAUAAGAAAGGACAUAUUUUGUAUAAUCUUUCUGGGUUCAUUUUGGAAGAAUAUUUAGUGAGGCCUUCCAACAAAGCAAGAUAUGGUGGCUGGUCUUUUGGAGUUAAGAAAACGUUUGAACUUCAAAAUAAAAAACUGAAUAACACCAAAUCUAAGCCUCUGGCUAAGGUGUGGUACAACCAAAAAGGUUUCCAUUCAUUGCCAUCCUACUUAAAUGAACUCAAUAACUUCAUUCUGUGGCUGAAUUUGCCUCCUGAUGUGGAUUGGAGACAGUAUGGGAUCACACUCUAUAGCCAACCAUAUGGGGGAGCUUUGCUGGAUGAAGACAAAAUAAUGGAGAAUGUUCGUCAGUGUGGGGUAGCACUGUGUAUCAUGUUGGGUUUCUCCAUCCUUACUGCAUCCAUUGGAAGUGCCAUAGUGAAAGACAGAGUAUCUGGCACAAAACGCUUGCAGCACAUCACAGGCCUGGGUUACAAAACUUAUUGGUUUGCUAAUUUCUGCUGUGAUAUGCUGGUUUACAUGGUUCCAGUCACCCUGUGUGUUGGUGUUGUUAGUGCCUUCCAGCUAUCAGCCUUCACUUUCCGAAAGAACUUGGCAGCCACUGUUCUCCUGCUGAUACUCUUUGGGUAUGCUACUUUACCAUGGAUGUAUCUUCUAUCCAGAUUCUUCUCCAGUUCAGAUGUAGCUUUUAUUUCUUACAUUUCCUUAAAUUUUGUCUUUGGCCUGUGUACCAUGCUGGUGACUCUCUUACCUCGUUUGUUAGCUAUAAUUUCCAAAGUGCAGAGUUUUCAGAACAUCUACAAAAUCCUCAAAUGGGUGUUCAUCGUAUUCCCACAGUUCUGCUUAGGCCAGGGUUUAAUAGAACUUUCAUAUAAUCAGAUCAAGUUUGACCUGACCAGCAACUUUGGAAUAGAUUCAUAUGUGAGCCCCUUUGAGAUGAAUUUCCUGGGCUGGAUCUUUGUGGAAAUGGCCUUGCAGGGAACACUGCUUCUGCUGUUACGACUUUUUCUUCAUUGGGAUCUCCUCCAGAAACAAAGGGGUCAAUGUUCAGUUAACAGCAUGGCCAGCCUUUCAGAAGAUGUUGAUGUAGAAAUGGAGCGGCAGCGACUCUUUGGUGGAAGAACUGGUAAUGAUGUCCUCCUUCUGUAUAACCUCAGGAAGUGUUAUGGAGGUUUCAGUAAGAACAACACAGCUGUGGAAAGCAUAAGCUUGGGAAUAUCGAGGGGAGAGUGUUUUGGACUCCUGGGAACCAAUGGAGCUGGGAAAAGCACAGUAUUUAAGAUGCUAACUGGAGAUGUCAUCCCAUCUGCAGGACGUGCUGUUAUCAGGACUCCUACAGGGUCUGAAAUGGAUAUACUGUCUGCUAGCUCUGAAGGCAUUCUCAUUGGCUAUUGUCCACAGCAAGAUGCCCUGGAUGAACUUUUAACAGGUUGGGAGCAUCUUUAUUAUUACUGUACACUGCGUGGAAUUCCAAAACAGGAUAUCGAUAAGGUUGCAGAAGACCUUAUUAACCGGUUACAUCUCAAAGCCCAUGCUGACAAACUGGUGAGAACAUACAGUGCUGGCACAAAGCGGAAACUCUCUACUGCUGUGGCUUUAGUUGGUAAACCGCAGGUACUUUUACUGGAUGAGCCCAGCUCUGGGAUGGAUCCCUGCUCUAAACGCUACCUUUGGAAAACCAUCCUGAAGGAAGUUCAGGAUGGCUGUGCAGCUGUGCUGACAUCCCACAGUAUGGAAGAGUGUGAAGCCCUCUGCACACGACUUGCUAUUAUGGUCAAUGGAAGUUUCAAGUGUCUUGGUUCUCCUCAGCACAUUAAAAACAGGUUUGGAGAUGGCUAUUCUGUCAAGGUUUGGCUUAGUAAAGAAAUAAGCUAUCGAAGAAUGAUUUUGGACCGUCUGCAACUGCAUUUUCCUGGAACGCAGUUUAAGGGACAGCUUCUUAACCUGCUCGAGUAUCAUGUACCACGAAGUCAGGGACGCCUAGCAGAGCUCUUCAGAGUCCUAGAGAAUCACAAAGCUUUUCUUCAAAUCAGACACUACUCCAUCAGCCAAACCACAUUAGAGCAGGUAUUCAUUAAUUUUGCUACACAAGAGCAAGGAGUCUCGCAUUCUUCACAAGAAUCUCGUGGUGUUCGUCAUGACCACCUGCCAGUCUAG